CAUUCUCUACGCUUGAUUGCCUCUUUUUACUCAAGAUCUGCACUCUUUGGUAAAAGCACAUUGAAAUAGCAGCUUUUUUUAAUAGUGAGACUGUGGACUAUCUGUGAGCUACAUCCAACAUGGUUGCAACCAGUGGACGACCGCUCUCAGGAAUCUUUCCGCAGAGCGCAAGAGGAAGUAAUGAUAAUACGUUUCGACUGUUUGGGCGUCGUAGACUGUCGAAAUUCCGAUUCCGAAUGUUGAUGAUUCUCUACUUCGGCAUGGGAUGCAUCAUUCCGCUUUAUGUCAUGAAGCAUGCAGAAGACGAAAUACUUUAUCAACAAAAAUUAAACCAAAAACAGACAAAUGAGAGUACUAGCAAUGUUGGGAUUGAGGAAGACAUGGUGAAUAACAGCAGCUUUAGGGGCUAUAAGCGCAAGGCUUUUUUUAUGGAACUGGAUGAACUGUCCUCGAGAUAUCUACAGUCAGAAUACCUACAGUCUAGCUCGCAAACGGAAGACUCUGACCUUCUUUCCCAAUAUAUGCGAUCAAAUCAACAGCAACGACACGCACCAGCAACAGAGAAAUCAUCAUUAUCCCCAUCAUCAACGCCAAGCCCACAGCAACUCCUUUCUCAGAACCAACAACGGCGACAACAGCAACAGGCCUACCAACAGGAACUCUUGGCCAACUUUAACACGAUGAUUGUCAAACAACAAAAGGCUAUCAGGCUCCACAAGAUUAAAUCAGAAUCAGACUAUGUUCAG